AUGCUAUUUAUCUUUCUCUUUUUAAUUUGUAUUGUUAAUACUUAAGAUGAAUAAGAAGAUGAACUAGAAUUGUAAGUUGUUGAAUAAUUGGAAAGUCCAUGUCGAUGUCGUUAAAUUUUAAGUGAAUAAGACUGCAAUACAUUUUGUUUUUGGGUACUUGAUGCUGAUGGUAAAUCAGGUAUAUGUAGAGAUAGAUUAUGCAGUGAUUAUUUAGAUCAAGAUAAAUGCAAUAGUGAUAAAAAGAAUUUAUGUUAUUUUAAUAAAGAAGAAAAUUUAUGUAAAAAUCUCAGAGGAGAUUGUCCUGAUUUUGAAACUUAAGAAUAAUGUGAAGUGAAAGAAAAUUGUUAAUGGUUAAGCUAGGCAGAUGAUGAAGGAAUUUAAUGUGAAAUAUUUGAAUAACCAGAAGAAAUUAUACCUGUUAUAUGCAGUAAUAUUAAUCAGCAAGAAAUUUGUGAUUAAAGUCAAGAAACUAAUAGUGGUUAUUAUUGUGCUUGGCAAUUAAAUCCUACUGAAGAUGAAGCAGCUUAGAAUGACGAAAAUAAUAAUUCUACUACUCGACUCUUAAAAGUAGAUAACACUGGUUCUUGUACUAGAUUUUCAAUAACUAAAUGCGAAGAUGUCAAUUCAAUUGAAGCAGAUGAUUCAAUUAAAUAAAUGCUUUGUAAUAGAUUAGAAGAAUCGUGUAGAUAUACUACAUCAACUUCUAAUGGUAUAACUGUGACUGGAUUGGGUUUUGUUAUUGUUUCUUAUUCAUGUGAAUAAAGAACUUGCAAAGAUUAUGGAACUAAAGAAUUAUGUGAAGAAAAUUUUAUUGUUCCUGAUUUUGAAGGUUUUAUUCAUCUAUGCAAUUGGACUUCUACCUCAUGUAAUGAAGGUUUAAUCAUUGAAAAAUUUCCUCUUUUAAACAGUCAGGAUAAAUGUUACUCAGAGGAAACUAAAUAUUAAUUGACAUGGAAUCAAUUAACCAAUUAAUGUACUAAAUGUCCAGGAUUAGGAUAUAUAUUGAGUCUUCUAUUAAGUCUUUAUGCUUUAAUUAUUUGA